AUGAAUGGUUCUGUAGUGAUAAAGAAACUUGAACCAGAGCACACAUGUCCUAGGGCUAUGAGAAACAAGAUUGUGACCUCAAAUUGGAUUGCCAGAAAAUACUUGCAUGUGUUUAGACUUAGGCCAGAGCUCAGCUGUAAGGAGUUGGGGAAGGACUUGAUGCAAUGGUUUGCAUUUGAAGCAACCAAAUGGAGGUUAUACCACUCCAAGAGAAAGGCAAUUGGCAUGCUGAGGGGAACGGUUGAAGCUCAUUAUGCAAAAAUGAGGAGCUACAUUCUGGAGUUGAGUAAGUCUGACAGAGAAGGGAGGUUUGAACUACAUGUAGAUGUUGGUGCUGUUUUCAAGGCUAUGUACAUCGGUUUCAGUGGCCUGAGAAAGGAAUUCAAGGAAGGAUGUAGACCUGUAAUUGGUCUAGAUGGGGCUUUCCACAAGACAUAUCUUGGUGGGAUAUUGCUCACUGUCGUAGGGACUGAUGGAAACAAUCAAAUGUACCCCAUUGCUUGGGCUGUGGUUGAAGCUGAGAAUGAAUUAUGCUGGACUAGGUUUAUUAAAAUUCUGAUUGAGGAGUUGACAUUGGGUGAAGGACUAGGCAUUACAAUUAUCAGUGAUCAUCAAAAGGGACUUGAAAAUACAGUCUAA